AUGACUUGUGUGGGCGAUGAGCUGACCAUCCGGAAUUGCAGAUUGAACAAGUUCUGCAGUGGCUGCGACUUCCAGAGAGAUGCCCAGGUGGUCUGCUCAGGACACAUAAAGGCCCGGCUGGUGGGUGGUGAGCACUCCUGUGCUGGGCGCCUGGAGGUGAGGCGUGGCCUGACCUGGGGCACCGUCUGUGACGCUGACCUGGACCUGGCCACUGCCCACUUGGUGUGCCGGGAGCUGCAGUGUGGCACGGCCGUGUCCACACCCAAGGGCGCCCACUUCAGCCAGGGCUCGGGGCUGAUGUGGACCGAGGCCUUCUGCUGUGUGGGCAAUGAGUCCCUGCUGUUCCACUGCCCUCGAGGCCUGGGGCACCAGUGUGGGCACGGCCAGGAUGCGGGUCUCAGGUGCUCAGCUGGGCUGCGGGCACGCGCUCAGCGCCCCGGGGGCCGCGCACUUCGGGGCCGGGCCGGGCGCAUCUGGAUGGACGAGCUGGCCUGUGAGGGCCACGAGGCCGCGCUGUGGCGGUGCCCGUCGGGGGGCUGGGGCCGACACGACUGCGGCCACAAGGAGGACGCCGGUGUCCUCUGCUCAGAGUCAGUGGCCCUGCGGCUGCGCGGUGGUGCCGGGCCCUGUGCCAGGUGGUUGGACGUGUUCCACAAUGGAACAUGGGGGGCCGUGUGCAGUAACGCCCUGAAGGACGCCUCCUUGUCCAUCAUCUGCCAGCAGCUGGGCUGCGGGGAGCAGGGCUGGCUGGAGAGCAGGCUGGACCACAGCAGCCUGGGCACCUCCUGGGUGGACAACAUCCAGUGCCGCCGGCUGCGGAACUCCACGCUGUGGCAGUGCCCCUCAGCCCCCUGGCACCCGCACUCUUGCACCCAUGGGGAGGAAGUCUGGAUCACCUGUGCAGGAUCAUCAGGGACAACGACGCAGGAUUCCGGGGAGGUCCUCAAUUGCUCCUCAAUGGGCAGCUGCCCAGAGGAGGGCGAGCUGUGUGUGUGCGGGGGUGAGGACCGCUGCUCGGGCCGCGUGGAGCUCUGGCAAGCGGGCUCCUGGGGCACUGUGUGUGAUGACUCCUGGGACCUGGCGGACGCCGAGGUCGUGUGCUGGCAGCUGGGGUGUGGCCGGGCUGUGGGAGCCCUGGCGGGGGCCGCCUUCAGACCAGGCUUGGGGCCUGUGUGGCUGGAUGAGGUGGGGUGCCAGGGCAACAAGGCCUCCCUUUGGGGCUGCCCAGCAGAGCCGUGGGGCCGCGGAGACUGCGGGCACAAGGAGGAUGCGGGCGUGCGCUGUGCGGGACCUGUGGAGUCCAGCCAGGCACCCCUGCCAAGCUCACAGGGGACACUGCCUACCACCGUGGCCAUCAUCAUCCUGGGGGCACUGCUCGGCCUUGUCUUCAGUGGGCUGGCGGCUAGGAUGUUGCUUGGGAAGCUGCGGGGCAGGGAAUCCCAAGGACACGAGGAAGUCUCUGAGGUCAUCUAUGAGCAGAUCCUUGAGGAAUGGGUGGACUCAAGUGGUGCAAACCUGAGGCCUGGGACCUCCCUGCCUGGUGACCUGCCCGCAGAGGACAUGCCCGUCAUCACGCUGCAGGCAGGUGGCCCCCCGCAGAUGGGACAGGAGCCCCCCUUGCAGGCGUCCUCGGGCUCCAGCUAUGACGACAUGGGCGCGGCGUGCACAGGGCUGUGA